AUGGCAGUCACUCGGUCCCAGUCCGGGGCCCAAUCCAAGAAGAAAAAGAUCACCACGUCGACGCCGGCUGCCAAAUCACGCAAGGGAGCGAAGUCAGCCACCAAAGCUAAACCCGCCGUCUUCAAGGUCGAACCCGUGGCCUCCAGAGUUGUCAAGAAAGCAAAGAAAGUUACAAAGAAGGUCAAAGCUGCCGCCGAAGCUGCCGCCGAAGCUGCCGCCAAAGCAACGACCGAAUCCACGGCCAAGGCCCAAGAGGCGGCCAGCGAAAAAGCAGCAGUGUCCAAGGGACAGUCCCCUCCGGCCCCUUCACCUAAAAAGCCAACCAGAACUCGACCAAAACUCGUCACCAUGGAGGAGCUGCAUGAUGAUGAGCGAUCCCUGGUAGAUGGGAUCCGCAGCGCUGGACGGAAACUCGCUGAGACUAAACCGUGGAAGCCAGUCGCCAGUAGACUGCGGAUAGUAGAACCAGAGCCGCAGAAGCCAGAGUGGUGGUCGGAAACUCCCCAAUGGGGAUCGCCAAAGGGAGCCCGGAGAUCACCGAAUAAGCCUGCCUUCUCGCCAGUAAGCCAUCGGAACUCAGGGUUGCCACUCGAUCCAUUCGCUCAUAGCCACAUUACCGUGCAGAGGCACCUCACGAAGCACUGGGGGACUCCAUCGGCGCCGCCUGAAAAUCAUGACGGGCCAACGAGCCCUGAAUACACGAAGAAAAGCCCAACAAACUACCGGGGGACCCUAUGUGCGCUGCCUGACAUCGAUGCCUUACCCAAGACCUCCAAAGAUUAG